AUGCAAGAAGAAGAAAUUCAAUAAUUUGAAGGCUUGAUAAAACAAGAAUAGAUUUUUUUUUUAAACUAAUUUUCAUAUUCAUUUUACUUAAUAACGAGGAAUUAAAUAUCUUUUUCAAGGUGAAAUCCUUUAUAAAGUAGAAUUUUAAGUGAAGUAAUUUUAUACAACAUGAUUUAUUAUUAAAACCAGCAAUAAUUACCAAUAUAGAAAAAAUAAUGCAUCUUAGAUGGGCAGAUAAAGAAGGAAAAAAUUAAAAAAAAAUGGAUUCUGGUCAGCUAAUUAGAAGAACCAAAAUUGUAAUGGUUGCGGUGGUGAGUAUCGUUUGUUUUUAAUUAACUUAAUUAUUAAGGAAGUACAUAUUUAAUGAUUAAGAGAUGUAUUAAUAUAAUUAAUAUUAAAUAGUGGAGGUGGACAAUAACAAGGAUGGAAAAUGGACUGA